CCUGUGCUGGAGUACCUGACGGCCGAGAUCCUGGAGCUGGCGGGCAACGCGGCCCGCGACAACAAGAAGACGCGCAUCAUCCCCCGCCACCUGCAGCUGGCCAUCCGCAACGACGAGGAGCUCAACAAGCUGCUGGGCAAGGUGACGAUCGCGCAGGGCGGGGUGCUGCCCAACAUCCAGGCCGUGCUGCUGCCCAAGAAGACCGACAGCCACAAGGCGAAGAGCAAGUAA